AUGCAGGAAUACGACAUUAUAGUGCUUGGAACUGGACUCAAGGAAUGUAUCCUCUCUGGUUUAAUGUCUCUAAGCGGGAAAAAGGUUCUUCACAUUGACAAGAAUCCUUACUAUGGAGGAGAGAGCGCUUCUAUUUCUCCCCUGGAAGAGCUGUAUAAGAAGUUCCAGGUUCCAAAUCCUUCUAAAUCCGCCAGCCGUGGAAAAGAGUGGAACAUCGACCUCAUCCCCAAAUUUUUUCUUGCCACUGGUCAGCUGGUUAAAAUCUUGGUGCACACUGAGGUGACUCGCUAUCUGGACUUCAAAGUUGUUGAAGGCAGCUAUGUAUACAAAGGAGGAAAAGUACACAAAGUCCCUGCUACGGAGGAAGACGCUCACGCUUCAGAUCUGAUGGGCAUGUUUGACAAGAGAAGGUUCAAGAAGCUGCUGCUCUUCGCCCUGAACUUUGACGUGAGAAAUCCUCGCACCUACCAGGACAUGGAUCCUCAGAAAACCACCACGCGGGACCUGUUCGCUCGCUUUGACCUGGGCCUCGAAGUUACAGAGGUCAUAGGUCACGCUAUAGCCUUGCACAGCAGUGGGAGUUACCUGGACGAGCCCUGUGUGGAGACUAUCAGCAGGAUCAGGCUCUACUGUGAGUCUCUGUCCCGCCACAACACCAGUCCAUACCUGUACCCCGUGUACGGCCUGGGAGAACUACCGCAGGGAUUCGCCAGACUGAGUGCAGAAUAUGGAGGAACCUUCCUGUUAAACAGAACAGUGGAUGAGAUUGUGAUGGACAACGGCACAGUGACGGCUGUGAAAUCUGAGGGGAAGCUGUUCCACUGCAAACAGUUGAUUUGUGAUCCCAGCUACGUUCCAAACCGGGUCAGGAAAGUCGGCCGGGUCAUAAGGGUGAUCUGUUUAUUAAACCAUCCAGUUAAAAACACUCACGAGGCCAGUUCCUGUCAGAUCAUCAUCCCUCAAACACAGCUCAACAGAAAAACAGACAUCUAUAUUUCUGUCGUCUCCUUUGCUCACAACGUGGCCUCAGACGGGAUGUACAUCGCCACAGUGAGCACCACCGUAGAAACCAGCAACCCAGAAAAAGAAGUGCAGCCGGGGCUGGAGCUCCUCGAGCCCAUCAUGCAAAAAUUUGUGUCUGUCAGCAACUUGCUAGUUCCAAAAGAAGAUGGAACCAAGAGUCAGAUAUUUGUGUCUCGCUCGUUUGACGCAACAAACCACUUUGAGGCUGAAUGUCAAGACAUCAAAGACAUGUACCGCCGGCUCACCGGGGCAGAGCUCUCCUUUAUGGGCUCACGACACCAGUCUCAUAACUCUGAUGAAGACUGAGGCAGACGUGUAACAUCAGGACCAAAUGAUUCAACAGCUGGAGGCCAGAAUGAAAUAAUGAUGAUUAUGCUGUGCAGCUGUAAGGCAGCGGGUGUUAUGUAGCAUGUAGAGGGAACUCUGAGUGUGCUUCGUAAACGCUGGAUGAGUUUUGUUCCUCUAAUCUGUUUGCUUUUUACUUUUCUGUUUGUGGAAAUCUGUAAAACAGGAUUUUUGCUGAAUUGUUUGGGAAACAUCUUUUUUCAGUCGUAUCACUUCAAUCUUCUGUAUCUGUUUUUGCUACAAGACAACGUAACAGUAAAUCAGCGAUGUAACUAUAAUACAGUUUCUUUUCUGCAGUUCUUUGGUUUUAUAGUUUACAACAAAGUAAAAUCCGAGCACGCUGCUUUGUGUGGAAACCAAAAUUCCUCCUGCAUUUGUCUAAAAAUGACAGUCCACUAUUGAGAGAUACAUCACACUGAAAUAAGGCUACAUGCACAUUAAAGACAACUUCAUAUUCAGUAUGCUGUUAGCUGCUUAGCUAAUUUGGAAGUCACCUUUGAUACGAAUGCAUCACUCUGAUUGGAAACAUUCUUGAUUUUUCUCAAGCAUCUGUCAGCUCGACUAUGUUUCAGCCGCAGCAGCCUGCAUGUGACUGAUUGAGAUUUAAACGUUCAGGCUGACGCAGAGCAGAUGAUUACAGAUGAAGCACUGUGAUGUGUGGAGGAUUUGUGGCUUCUCGUCUCUAUGGGGCUUACGUGCGAGACGGACAAAGCCACUGAAUUAUGUCAUAUGCUGCUGGAGGCAGCGGGUGGACAGACGCACAGAGUAAAGAGGCUUAUCCAAAUGAAGGACAGUCGCCCCCAUCACCACCUCAGGUAGCGGACUGGGACACACUCACACAUGUAACAUCUCUUUUCUUUUUGCAUAGACUUCCCAUUUAACAGGUGUACAGAUGGCAUCUAAAAUGAAAUAUACAGUCUGCUGAGUUGGUCUUACUAUAUAUUUAUGAUAUACGCAAAAAUACAUUAAAUGCAUUACACUUGUAAAGCAUUAACCAUAAAUAUUUUAUACAUGGAAGACGAGUAAUUAAAUACAAGAAUACAAAUAAACUUUAUUCUCCAUCACUGGCAACCUCACUUCACAUUCACCAGAGCACUUGUUCAUGUUAAACACAUGCACACAUCGCUGCGUUCAUCUCUAAAUCUAGAUUUUCAAAUCCAAAUUUGGUUGCCGACAUCAUAACAGUGCUGUCUCAUGUACAAAUGCUGACUGCAUGUCAACCCAACACCAUCAGUAUACAAAACUACUGUCAAUUUGUUUUUACUUUGUAGAGAAAUCUGAAAUUGGUGGUAGCUCGCGGCUCAACAGAGCAUGCCUCGGAUCACCGGGCGACAGCGGCUGCUUUAAUUGCCUUCAUCUAUAAAUAAAUAAAGCAACUGCUGUAAGUA